UGCUUCAAACUAUAAUUAAAGGUGAAGAAUAGAGUCGAAGGCCAACUUUGAGUGAGAUGGGGAAGAAGAUGAAGACCGAGAGAGCUGAAAACACAGAGGCCUUGCAAAACGGCGGUCUCGAAUCAAGCGAAAAGCGUUCCAAAAAGAAGAGGAAAAACGUAGGUGAAGUUGUAGAUCAGCCAUCGCCUACUGAAACACCCACCAUUACCGUAGCUCUUCCCGGCUCCAUAAUCAAUAAUACCCAAUCCCUCGAACUCGCUACUCGUUUGGCUGGGCAGGUUGCGCGAGCUGCUGCGAUCUUCCGAAUCGAUGAGGUGGUUGUUUUUGAUAGCAAGAAUACAUCGGAGGAUACUUCAAUUGACAUGAUCGGAGAUGGUUCAGACAAGAAUGAUAGUGAUGCUGCUUUCCUUAUGAGAAUAUUGAGGUAUCUCGAGACACCACAGUAUCUGAGGAAGAGCCUUUUCCCAAUGCAUAGCAGUUUAAGAGUUGUGGGUUUGUUGCCCCCACUUGACGCCCCACAUCAUUUGCGCAAGCACGAAUGGGCUACAUACAGGGAAGGUAUUGCACGAGAAAAACUAGAGCAAGGUUCUGCGGGGACGCUCGUUGAUGUGGGUCUAAGCAAGAAUAUCAAGGUUGAUCAAGUUCUUGAACCUGGAACGAGAGUAACUGUAGAGAUGGGAACAGACCGUAAUCUGGAUGCAGGUCCACGGAAAGUCGUCCCUUCUUCAAGGCCUCGAGAUGAAGGAAUGUAUUGGGGAUAUAAAGUGCGAUAUGCUCCAAACAUCAGUUCUGUGUUUAAGAACUGUCCAUACCAGGGAGGAUAUGAUCAUCGGAUUGGUACCUCUGAACAUGGUUUAGUUAUCAAUUCUUCGGAGCUCACUCUACCAUCAUUCAGGCACCUGCUGAUCGCCUUUGGUGGACUUGCGGGACUGGAAGAAUGUGUUGAAGAAGAUGCAACUUUGAAGGGAAAAACUGUGAGGGACAUAUUUGACUCUUAUCUAAAUACUUGCCCUCAUCAAGGAAGCCGCACUAUCCGGACAGAGGAAGCUAUCCUUAUAUCACUCCAAUAUUUUCAAGAGCCGAUAAAUCGGGUUUCACAGAAAUAUCAACAGCGAACCCAAUAAUUUGAACUCGGCAAAGACAGCAAAAUGGCGAGAGUCUCAAUGUAUCUACAGACUUCUACAACAAGUUGCUAAGCCUUUUCAUUGUUGAAGUUGGCCUUUUGUACAGAGUCGCACCUCUACUUUGCUGCUGUAACCAAAUUGACUAGUCUGUUAUCAAUUGUACUGUAACUUGUAAGAACCUCAUUAUUAGCUGGUAUUAUCAUUAAAUAUUUGUCAGGAAAAUUCAAUUUAAGAAAAAUUAAAGGUUUUUUGCAUUUAUUUACUAA